AUGCCGUCGUCGUUGCAGCUGCCUGCGGACUGCAUCGGCAAGGAUGGCCUCCCCCCGGAGCAUGGGGUCGCCGCGCAGAUCCAAGAGGCCAAGCGCAUGGACGCCAUAGUCUCGGUGCCGAGGCCCAAGGUGAUCGUGGACACGGACCCCGGCCGCGAUGACAUCUUUGCGCUGCUCUGGGCCUGUAGCCUGGCCAAGAAGGGUGCCAUCGAGAUCGCGGUCGUGACGACCGCCCAGGGCAACGUGCGCGCCCACCUGACCUGCGUGGGCGCGGAGGACAGCGUUGGGCAGUCGCAGGGGCCAGAGCUUCAGUUCAUGCGCUCCGGCUUUGCCGUCAGCGCC